CAAUAAGUACGAGGCAAAGUAAGCCGCUCUCGAUCGCCACCACUGCCCACGUACAACUACCAGCGUCGUCGACGAGCCAGAGAGAAAGAAAUUGCUUGCUGCUCGAUGACGAUGCCUCCGGUGGUGUUGCUGCUGGUGUUGGUGGCCGUUCCAUUGCGAGGAUCAGGCGCGGCGUGGUGCGUGUGCAGGCCGAACGCGACGGAGGAGGCGCUGCAGAAGACGCUGGACUACGCGUGCGGGCACGACGCGGACUGCGCCCCGGUGCUGACGGGGGGCAGCUGCCACAGCCCGGACUCGGUGGCGGCGCACUGCUCCUACGCGGCAAACAGCUACUACCAGCGGAACAGCCAGACCCAGGGCGCCACCGGCUGCGACUUCGGCGGCACAGCCACCCUCUCCUCCACAGACCCCAGCUCCGGAACUUGCAAGUACCCUGCAACUCCGAGUGCUGCAGGGACGGGGAACGGCACGAGUUCUUCUUCCCCGACUACGCCCGGCAUGGGAGGGAGCUUCACGACACCGAUCGGCGCGUACGGCCCUGCGGCGAACACGUUGAGCCCGGAGAACGACGCUCCUCCUCGUGCUGCUGCUGCGUUCGUUGGUCUCCGUGGUCUCCUCGGCGUUGCAUCCAUCCUUGCUUUCUUGGUGCAGUGAUCAAUUGGACCAUAUAUUAAGUGGCGUCACGUAGCACAUUUUUUUCCCUUUAUGUUUUGUUGCUCUGGUGGAGAUGUAAUGGUUAUUCUGCUUCGAUCUUUGUCUGUGUACGCCUUUCAUGUUCAGAUGUUCGUAAUUUGAUUAGCUCAUGUUUAUAUAUGGAGUUUGAUUUCUUUGCCUGGAAGAAGGCCAUGAGCUUCAGGUUCGUAUGUUAAUACCAGUGUUGCGAUCACGCACUGGAAUCUGUUUCAUGCAAAACAAAUCCACCAAUUAACCGGUCCAGGUAAAUUGCUGGAAAUUGCAUGCGCAGAUCGAUCAUGCACAGGAAACUCCGUUUCCUAUAUAUGCAAACGCAUCACGCAUGGCACGGAUGGACGCGUGUCAAACAUGGGCACGGGCUCUCUGGGAGAGUUUGGCUCCAUUUCAAUGUAGCACCCGCGCCUCUCCUCAGCCUCCGGGCUCCGCGCGAUCCACUAAUUCCUCGCUUCCAAUGCAUGGCGUCCGCUUCAACAUGCCCUUUCCUUUUCCCCCUCUCGUUCCUCCCUCCCCUUGUUUCUCUCAUCCGUCUUUCCAGUUCCGGUCGCCGGCCGUUGAUGCCCGCGUGGCCUGAUGAGGAAGCUGUGCCCGAACCAUGACCGCGACGACUCCCUGGACACGGUGCUGGAGGUGCCCAUCCCCGACGAGAUGCUCGCCAACGCCCCCGGCUCCGACAAGCGCCGGGGCGCCAACAUGCGCGCCUGGCUCAAGACCCAGGCCUUCGACCGCGCCACCGCCGAGGGCCCCGCCGCCGCCGCCGCCAACGCCGAGCUCCAGCUCUUCCUCAACGUCGUCGGCUCCCCGCUCGUCCCCUGCCCCGUCCCCCACGACCGCGCCUUCAGCCGCUCCAUCCGCGACUCCUCCAUCCAAGCGUCGACGGCCAAGUACAUCAUGCAGCAGUACAUCGCGGCGACGGGCGGGCAGGCGGCGCUGCAGAGCGUGCAGAGCAUGUACGCGGUGGGCAAAGUGCGGAUGUGCGCGUCCGAGUUCCACCUGGGCGACCAGACCGUGACGGCCGCCCAGGGCCGCGCCGAGGUGGGCGGCUUCGUGCUCUGGCAGAAGUGCCCCGAGGUCUGGUACUUCGAGCUCAUCAUGGCCGGCCACAAGAUGAGCGCCGGCAGCGACGGCAAGGUCGCCUGGCGCCAGUCCGCCGCCGAGAUCUCCCAUGUCUCCCGCGGCCCUCCCCGCCCCCUCCGCCGCUCCCUCCAGGGCCUGGACCCGCGGUCGAUCGCGAACCUGUUCUCGGACGCGGUGUGCAUCGGGGAGAAGGUGAUCAACGGGGAGGAGUGCUUCAUCCUGAAGCUGGAGGCGAGCGCGGCGACGCUGCGGGCGCGGAGCGCGGCGGCGUUCGACAUCAUCCACCACACGGUGUGGGGAUACUUCAGCCAGCGGACGGGGCUGCUGAUCCAGCUCGAGGACUCGCACCUGCUCCGGAUGAAGUCCGGGAAGGGCGCCAGACGCAGCGAGAACAUCUUCUGGGAGACCAGCAUGGAGUCCGUCAUCUCCGACUACCGCUGCAUCGACGGCAUCAACAUCGCGCACGGCGGGAAGACCGCCGUCACGCUCUUCCGCUACGGCGAAGGCUCCGUCAACCACAAGAGGAAGCUGGAGGAGACGUGGACGGUGGAGGAGGCAGACUUCAACGUCUACGGCCUCUCCUCCGACCAUUUCCUGCCGCCGUCUGACCUCAAGAAGGAGGGCGACGACCAGCACGCAGGAUGACCAGAGUGCAGACUCCAGAGCAGCCGCACAUAUAUCAGUUCUCCGUCCCUGCUAGUGUUUGAUGAUCCAUUGCUAAUCCAAUUAAUUAAGGACACCAAAAUUCGUUCAGGCUAAUUAAAAUCUUCCUAGAGGUAUAUAGAUGUAUAUAGAUGUAUGUGUUCAGAAUGAGAGCUUGCUAAAUUCUUUCAAACAAUUUAAGGCUCUUACUUGUUCAGAAAAUUACCAGUGAAGGACAACUGGAUCAAUAACAAAACAAUAUUCAGAAACCGGUUUUUAUGUUUUGGGUUGCAGACGGGAGGAGGAGCAAAGAAUUGCUCACAUGUUAAGUUAGUUGAGGAGUUGACCUUUUAUAUACUUAGGAAUACCAACUGAUGACCAUAGAUUAAACAAUGACCAGUUCAUGCCCCUAAUUCAGAAAAUCACAAAGAGGAUAGAUCCUUGGCAGGGUAAACACUUGUCCUCUGGAAGGAGAUUAAUUAUGUCCAAUCUCUGUUUGGCUAACAUGCCUAUGCACCAUAUGAUCUCUGGAGCGAGAUCUUUCAUGUACGAUAUGAUAACAAGCAAACCCGAAGUCAACAUUUAACAAGCAAAAAACGAUAAAUACCAUUGUGCACAAGUAUACUUGGUACUGGUAGCAUCAGGUAGUAGACUUUGGUGCACAGAAUAAUAUUUUGCAACCAGUUGCAGAAUAACUGGCAGGUAUAUAUAUUAAGAAACUAUACAGGCUUCCUGUUAUGAAGGUUCUGGCAAA